UAAUGUUCGCGUUGCGCUGUCCGGCCAUGUCUCCUCGUAGCCAGUGUGUGUCGCCUACAACGCCAUGAGCAAGGCACAUUCGUGUAGCGUUGCCUAUUGGUGUCAGUCUCGUAACCGCAAAUUUAUUCCCAUUUCCGAUUUACGAACAUACAACGUCCCAUGAAGAGUUGCGUCUAAAUCCGAAAAUUUGAUAGUGUCCAGAUGCUUUUGCAAGUGAACCACUUAUAGAUAUGGAAAUGUGGAAAACAACGCACUUCGGUCGUGCACAGCGCGGGCUACAUAUAUCAUUUAUCCAAAUCUGACUCUGUUCACUGGAUUGUUGCCCAACGCAGAUAUGUUAUAUACGUUGCGAAGAAUGCGAUGUGAUAUAAUGGCAGCGACAAUUUAAAAAUGUUGGAAGCACUGUAGUUUCUGUCUCACACAUCGCGUGUGCUCUGUGUUGGUUUGUUCUCUUCGUCGCCCCGAUGUACGACGAGGGCAAGUAAACAAACUUCGUUCUUGUCGACGUCGUCGCUUUAUCGCUCAGUUCGUGUCGUCUUCGUGUAAAUGAUUGUUCACUAGCAAAGCAAGCGUCCCUGGGCUGGGAGUUGUUUUGUCAUUUGUGCGUUGUAUGCUGAUUUCAUCGGUAUCGCGGGUGCAUUAUUAUUCAUCGUUCGUUUCGCGCUUGCUAUACUCAUUAGCUUGAAAGUAAAGGUUGUCGCCGGCAUGCAAUCUGACGAGGACUUCAACGUUAAGUUUGUGAACUUGGUGAAGAUGUACAAGUGUCUGUACGACAAGAAGGUGCCAGAAUACCGAAAUAAGGACGAACAGGAAAAGGCUUGGUUUGAUAUUGCUAAGGAAACACAUGAAAGCGUGUCUCAUUGUAAAGAACGUUGGCGAAACCUUCGAGCAUGCUUGUCGCGCUAUAUAAAACAGCAGAGCAGCGCAGAUCCACAGCAUAAACCAUACUACUUAGCAGAACAUAUGCAAUUUUUAUUACCAUUUCUAAAAUCACAUCGACCGUCUUCAAUCAAUGAAUCUUAUUCCGGGUGCGAUUACAACUCAGAUUUGAAUGUGGAUUUGAAAACACUUGACCCCGAAGACACAAAUGACCAAGAUUUUCAUAAUUCGCAUCAAGACGAUUACUCCAUCAAUGUUACAAACAGACGUAAAUUAAGUGGAACCGACACCACACUGUCAGUGAAUUGUGUUCAAAAUCCUCAUGUUGAUAUGGACAACAGCGAAGCCGAGCCCGAGGUUCUUUUCUCAACAUCCACAGAACGAAUACAUCACGACGCAAAAAGAUUAAAGCUGGACAACACCCAUGACACCAUCAAUUCAUCUUUAUAUGCCGAAAAUUCAGAUAUGGAUUUUUUUAGAAGUGUUUUACCAGACAUACAGGGAAUGACCGCAGUACAAAGAAGAAAAUUCAAAAUUGGUGUACUAGAGCUAAUCGACGAAGUCCUAUUGAAAUACCCUGCUUGAAACCCGGCUUCUUCGAAGCUGGCGGUCGAAAAUCCUAUAUGUAUAAGCAAUAGAUGAAGAAACCAUUUGCAGAAUGAUUGGAUUAUGUAUGUGAAAUGCGUGACCGAGUGGAGAUUGAAAGAAAUAUUAGUUCCCAUAGAAAACUAAGCCAAAUAAAAUAUCGAAUAUUUUUUUUUGUGAGGGCUGGGCAAAUAUUGGGCAAGUACUUACUGAUACAGGGCCUAAGUAAAUUUUAAAGUGCUGACUGUUUUUGAGUUAAUACCCUUUUAUAGUGUGGCAAGGAGCAACAAGGGCACUGCUCCUUCUAACAAUAAAAAUGAGUCUAAUUUGGAUUUUAUCGAAGUAUGAACGAAAACUAAAUAAUUUUUAAAAUUUGUUCUUUCAGUACCAAUGUUCAUAAUUUCACAUAUACCCAUAGACAGUCCUAUCUGAAAACAAAACUUUUUAUAGCAAUCGAAGGCAAACAUGUUAAACAUAAUUUAACACGAAGUGCUUUUAUUUUUUUACCCCCUAAAUAUAACUUUAUAGAGUUGAAUCAAUUUGCUCCAGUGGGCGUCUUAGAAUAGAAAAUAAAGGCAAUUGAUUAUAAAUAUA